AUGGCUCAGCCUACUAGAUCGAUGAGGGCCUGGCAAUAUACGAAUGUCGCUCAUGGGCUAGAACAAGCCCUGUAUUUGAACAGAUCAGCAGCCUUGCCUACAGAGAAGAGGCCGCUAGGUCCAAAGGAAGUACUAGUGCGUGUACACUAUGCAGCUCUUAAUGCAGUUGACUACAAGCUCCCGGAACUUCCAAUAGCAGGUCGCCUCGUCAUCUCGAAGCCUGCUACGCCGGGACUGGACUACGCUGGUAGAAUUGUUGAGUGCGGAUCGGAAGUCCAGCUCGAAAUCGGCCAGGCAGUAUACGGCAAGUUGGAGCCAAAGCAGCCUUGUGGCACCUUGGCAGACUAUGUCAUAGGAUCAUACGAAGGCACGGUGCCCAUCCCCGACGGCAUCGAAAUGGAAGAUGCCGUUGGUGCAGGCGUGUGCGGUCUCGUAACGUACCAGUGCCUUGCAAGACACAUCAAGAGAGGCGACAACGUGUUGAUCAAUGGCGGUAGCGGCGGCACGGGGACGUUUGCUAUACAGAUCGCGAAAGCGAUGGGAGCCAACGUCACCACGACGUGUUCACGCUCUAACCUUGAGCUAUGCAGGAGCCUAGGUGCAGACCGCGUCGUCGACUACGAGGCAGAGAAUCUCAUUCUGACGCUGAAGAAGUCGGGGGAGCAGUACGACAUGAUACUGGACAACGUUGGCCACCCACCCGAGCUCUACUGGGAAUGCCCGCACUUCACAAAGCUGGAGGCACCGUACGUUCAGAUCGGCACGCAAGUCUCGCUUCCCUUCGUCUACGAUCUCGCAUUCAGACUUUUCCUGCCCACCUGGCUUGGAGGCGGGAAACGCAAGUUCUUAUUUGGAUUCACGAGCACGAACCGCCAGGACUAUGAGGAACUGACGAGACUGAUGAGUGCUGGCAAGGUCAAGAGCGUCGUCGAACAGGUAUUUGAUUUUGAAGACGUCCCUGCGGCGUACGCGAGAAUGAAGACGGGAAGAGCGCGCGGAAAGAUCGUCAUCAGGGUGGCCGAGAAUAAAGAAUGCUGUUGAAGGAGUCGCCUACUUUUUUUCAACGCUUCCCUAAAUCUACCCAGCGCGGAAGCGAAUACUUAACUAUUGGAUAAAACCAUGAGAUGUGCUUCUCUCCGGAGGAACAUAUGCGCGUCUCUGAGUUCCUACAGCAAAUGAACUGACCACUCUCUCCUUUUCUCGGCAACUGGUCAGCAAUAUCGCAAUCCCCGAGUCUACAGAGAGUUUCAGAGCUUUGCUACUUUGCCUCCUUCGUUUGAUAGAAU